UCUCAGUAGUGGGGCGGGGCUAUGUUGUUUAGUAGAAGGCAGAAAGUUAUACGAGGGCAGGCUACCAUUUAUAAUUGUUGGUGUUUCCCUACCAUGAUGUAACUGUAGCCAGUGAGAUGCCUACGACCUGAUGAUAACUUCAGUUUCUUAUCGCCGCUGAUUUAAUCAAGCCAAAUAGUAACACCAGAUUAACGACCUAAUUGCUUAUAGACACAAGCAUGUAUUAUUUCUGUUUAAGCACAUGACAUGGCUUGUUGGAUAUGAGAAAAAAAUCAAGAAAACAAGUACUGCACAAAGGGGACAAAAGGGGCACCUAAUGUUAAUUGCGAAAUUUACAAAAAAUUUGAGGCGAGAAAAACAGCAUCAGGUUGCUCAACGCGUGCUGUUUCAGAUAUUGUUUUGCAGUUGAAUAUUGAGGACGUUGAACGACAGUGCAAGAUCAUGGAUCUGAAAUCGGUUAUUUUGACAACCAGUGGCUCCGUGGGAUUUUUCAAGCUCGUGAACUGUGGACUGAAUAAUUUGCCAGCGCCAGAAAGUGCUCGCAGAAACGUGUGGAAAUGGAGAAACAUUUCCACCUCUUUGGUUCACAGCCUGAUCACAGGACUCUGGGCUGUGCUUUGCUUCUAUGUGCAUCCGCAGAUGGCGGAGGAUCUCAUCGCCACCCAUUCAGUGUUCUCGUACGCGCUGGUUUGUGUAUCAAUCGGAUACUUCAUCUAUGACUUCUUAGAUAUGGUCCAAAACCAGAAGCUCAGUCAGUCCUGGGAGCUCCUUUUCCACCAUGUGGUGGUGGUCACGUGCUUGGGGAUCGCCGUGCUGAGCGGUCAGUAUGUGGGCUUCGCGGCGGUGGCGCUGCUGGUGGAGAUCAACUCGGUGUUCCUGCACCUGCGGCAGGUGCUGCUCAUGGCCGGGCUGCGGCGGACCACGCCCUACCGGGUGAACAGCCUGGUGAACCUGGGCACCUACGUGGUGUUCCGCAUCAGCACGCUGGCCUGGAUGACGCGCUGGCUGGCGCUCAGCCGCGAGCGCGUCCCGCUGCUGAGCUACGCCGUCGGCAGCGCGGGCCUGGCCAUCGUCAUCGCCAUGAACAUCGUGCUCUUCUACCGCCUGCUCCGCAGCGACUUCCUGCGCAACGGCCGCGAGCCCCGGAAGGAGAAGGAGGCGUAGGCUCCGCCCCCUGCGCGCGCGUGAGGAAGAGGAGGAGGAAAAAGAGGAGAAAGGGGGGCGGGCCGGACGGGGAAACGUAAAAACUCUUUAUACUGCAGUCUGUCCGUCCUCGCUUGUCUCUCAGUACGGGGGACAAGGUUAAAAUUCACAAAAAUAAUUAUUAAUACGCUUAUUAAAUCGUUGGGGAAAAAAAUGCUGUAAGAUACACCAGAUCCUGCAUCAGCGUGAUCUGCACAUAACAGCUGACCAGCUACAGUGUUCCAUGUCCACAGGACAAAAACCUGUCCUCUGACCCCUGCACUGAAUGCUGCAGUAUGUAAGCAAUCGAUGAAGCCAAACUUGUGUCUUAUUGAGAAUGAAAGCUAAGUAUUUAUUUUAGAUAAGUAGCAUUGAGUGUAGAAAAGGCUCCAGGCCUUUAAAAGACAUCUGAUACCUCAAGUGUGUGAACAGGUAGCAGUUCUAUCCGUCUGUGACAGGCAUUUUGCCGGAAGCUCCUAAAUUGUGUGGUUCUUAAACGAAGAAUACAGAAUGGUUACCAGCUCCUUUAAAAAGGAUUUAGUGUGAAGGAGGCUGAUUCCUUCACAUGAGAGCAGCACUUAUACCAGGGCACAAUCAUAUCCUGUCACUCUCUCAUUGGAGGGGGUGCAACCUCUCUAAUCACAGUUUCACCAAUG